CAUUUUCUUGACAUCCUCAUAUUCUCCCCCGAAUAUUAUCCUUGGCCUCCACACUCAGACAUGGAUUCGACAACAAAGAUGAAGAUUUUUCAGACUUUCUCACCGGUUGUACUCAUUAGGGGUGUUGCUGCUGGCUCUUUUCUGAUGAUGUCGCCCGUCCCGAAACCACCGUUCAAAAAUGAAACGGAGCACACCACGGCCAAGACUAUCGUGACCACUAUCACUUCUGACUAUUCAUUUUAUUGCCCUGAACCUAGCACGUUUCACCAUAAAAACGUCACUUACACGGCCACGGAGCCAACUUAUUUGACUAUCACGAACUGCCCGUGUACUGUCACUUACACGCAGAACAUAGAGUCUCCUGGGACAGCUGUCUAUCCCACGGCUCCCCCUGGCCAGCCAAUGCCCCCCACGCCCCCGGUGAUGUCCUCAUCUGCUCCUGCACCACCACUACCUCCUGACAAGCCGGCUGCACCUCCUUCUGAGUAUUCGGCUCCGAUUUCCGGACCACCGCCACCUCCUCCCAAGGCUACAGCUCCGUACUCUGAGCCUUCUCUUCCACCAGCAAUCCCCAAGUCUACGGUUCCUAUCCCAGAAGCUCCUCCUCCUCCUCCUCCUCCUCAUGCUACAGCUCCUGCUCCUGCACCUGAACCCUCUCCACCAAAAGUUACGGUUCCAGCUGCUGGUACCCUGCCACCUCCUCCACCCCCUGAGGUUUCGGUUCCUGCCCCAGAGUUGCCUCCUCCUCCCCCCUCUAAUCUCGAACGACCAGCUGUUCCUCCAUCUCAGGCUGCCUCACCUCCGGUCAACCCUACUGGUACUAUCAAAGCUUCUGUGCCUUCAGCCGCUGCUAACAAGGUGUCUGGAAGCUUUGGGGCUUUCGUGUUGGCUGGUGUUGCAGCUUUGGCCAUGUGAUCACUCCUGGGGCAAGUAAUGUUAAACCAAUAUGUACUACUGAUACCAACGAUGGUGGGAGAUCACUCACGAAAGUAAUUGGUAUCUGGAUAGAUCGCAAUAGAAAGACAAUAUGAAGACUUUGGGAUGCCAUCUUGCAUGGAGGUCUUUGUGUUGUGGCUAGACAGAGUAAUGUUAGUUCUUGACUUGCUUUCAUAAUUGUCACGAUCCCUAAGAUUAUCGUUCAUUGUCUUCAGCUACUGAAAC